UGAGCCAUCCAGGUGCCCCUCUACUUUCUUUUUUUUUUUUUUUUAAGUUUAUUUAUUUUGAGAGAGCGAGCGAGAGCGCCCGUGUGAGUGCAUACGUGCACAGGUGAGCGGCGGAGGGGCAGAGAGAGAGAAUCCCAAGCAGGCUCCAGGCUGACAGCGUGGAGCCUGACGUGGGGCUCGAACUCCCGAACUGUGAGGCCAUGACCACAGCCGAAAUCAAGAAUCAGGAUGCCCAACCGACUUUUUUAAGGCACCCUUACUUUUUUUUUUUUUUUUUUAGCGUUUACCCUUGUAAAGGAUCUGAUAUUUGUUUUUGAGCUGAACAGUCCUGGCAAAGAUGCAGAUUGAGCAAGAGCCCCAGUGCGUUGUCCCCCUCUCUCCCCCAUCAAGGACAGAUCUGGAAGGUGGCCCUGAGUUUGAACCCUUCCCAGCACCCUUCUCCCUCGAGACAUCCUCAGCCCCCUCCACCCCACCCCAGGGAGCAGCGGGAAAGGGCACUUCCUCUGGCCUCCACCCCCCAGGGUAUCACAUAGUCACCUUUGGGCCUCGCUAUCCUCGCUAGAUCGUGUUCCUCUUGUUCCGGACGUGUGAGAUCGAUGUAGCCGAGAUAUCAAGUGAUGGAAAGAAGGCGACACCGAGAGAUGCAGGGCCAGUGGCCAGAGACUUCGUUUCCCCUCCUGGUUGCGGAGGAUGGAGACACUAAAAGACAAGACCUUGGAGGAGCUGGAGGAAAUGCAGAACGACCCGGAGGCCAUUGACCGGCUGGCCCUGGAGUCCCCUGAGGUCCAGGACCUGCAGCUGGAACGAGAGAUGGCUCUGGCCACCAACCGCAGCCUGGCCGAGCGGAACCUGGAGUUUCAAGGUCCCCUGGAGAUCAGCCGCUCAAACCUCUCGGACAAGUACCAGGAGCUGCGGAAGCUCGUGGAGCGGUGCCAGGAGCAGAAGGCGAAGCUGGAGAAGUUUGCUUCAGCACUGAAGCCAGAGACCUUGUUAGACCUUCUGCAGAUCGAAGGCAUGAAGAUUGAAGAAGAGUCUGAGGCCAUGGCCGAGAAGUUCCUGGAGGGCGAGGUGCCCUUGGAAACGUUUCUGGAGAACUUCUCCUCCAUGAGGAUGCUGUCUCACCUGCGCAGGGUGCGCGUGGAGAAGCUUCAGGAUGUGAUGAGGAAGCCCAGAGUUUCCCAGGAGCCGGCUGGUGACGCCCCUCCUCCGCGCCCCCCGCCCCCGCCUCGCCCGGCCCCCCCGGCGACACCCCCUGUGGCCGAAGAGCCGCCCCCGCCACCGGCAGCCGUGCCUCCCUACCCUUUGCCCUACAGCCCGUCUCCUGGCAUGCCCGCGGGCCCCACCGCCCAAGGCGCGCUCCAGCCGGCCCCCUUCCCCGUGGUGUCCCAGCCCUCCUUUUCCUACAGUGGGCCUCUGGGCCCCCCUUACCCGUCAGCCCAGCCGGGACCCCGGGCUGCCGCGGGCUACCCCUGGUCCCCGCAAAGGAGCACGCCCCCCCGGCCAGGCUAUCCCGCGGCCCCCACUGGUGCCUCUGGCCCCGGAUACCCCUUGGCGGGGAGCCGGGCCCCCAGUCCUGGCUAUCCUCAACAGGCCCCUUACCUCUCGACUGGAGGAAAACCUCCUUACCCAACACAGCCCCAGCUCCCCAUCUUCCCAGGCCAGCCCCAGCCCUCAGGCGUCCCCCAGCCGCCCUACCCUCCCGGGCCUGCCCCUCCCUAUGGGUUUCCACCACCUCAGGGGCCCUCCUGGCCCGGGUAUUAGACACAGUCCCGGCCCUCGGCCCUUCCCUACUUCUACGUGUACCGCAACCUUUGGCCCGCCCACCACUGAGAUUCGAGGUUAAAUUGCAAGUGGACUUGGGUCCUCCUUGUGGACUUGUGUCAGCACGUGGGAGCCUCGGGGGGACCUGGUCGGGAGCGUGCAGGCCUGGAAAGGCGCCGGCAGUGUGACUGGCUUGGCCGCACCAGACGGUCACGGCACUUAGUGGCCUCCUGGGGGAGGGGAGCGCCUCCUUUCGGUGACUGGCUUCAGCUUUUCUGGUGCUAGCCAGGCGGGGAGCUCGGUGCCUCCCCCGUGGGUGUCCGUGUGAGUGGGCAGGUGCGUGUGCUCGCGGGCACGCACUUGUGUUUGCACUCACGGACACCGGAACCCAAUGCAAUUAUCUUCGUGACGAGGGGGUCUCCGGCCCCCGCUCACCCCCUGCCUCUCUCCUGGGAUCUGGCACAUUCAACCUGGUGCCCACAGCAAGGGACGCGACUCUGCGUCCGUCUGGUCCAUUCAAGGAUGGCCUGGAGCUAGAGUGGGAUGGGGGAGGGAACAGUAAGGAGAAACACUGAUUUUUAAAUCACAUAAAGCCAUAAUUGAACUCCGAUAGGUUGAUGUCAGAUAAGCUUGUCCCGCGUGCUGGUUUGAACGACGGCAGCAGAGCCAGAGCAGCGAGAAAGCGGGGGGCUGUGAAGGUGGACCCCAGAAUCUGAGGCAGAAUCUGGAGGGGAGGGGCCAGCUCCGGCCCAGGAGAUGGUGUCGCACCGGACUCCUUUAGGAAUGGAGCGGCCGCCCUCUCUUCUCUGAGGCCCUCCACUUCCGGUUGACUGCUGAGGCCCGCCCCAUCCAUCCGCUCCUUUAGUGCCUUGAAUCUCAUCCGCAGCAGCCCCCUCCCUCCGUCUGCUGCCUCUGGCUCCCUCGUGUAACUCCCCACCCCGGCACCCCUCCUGAGACACACAUUAAAGGAUGCCCUAACAGCGACUUCCCAAGUGGUGCUUCCUCAGACACCGUGACCGUCACCGGGUCAGAGUCCGCUCCUCUGCUUCCCUCUUGUCGUCAGAAUGUAAAGGCAGGGAUUGGGACUCAAGCCGCCUGCAGCCCCCACCCCGGGCACGCCGGGGAUGUUGAGCAUGUUCGGUGAUAACAGAGACAAUAGACCAAAGGGGUGUGGUGAGCGGAGCUUUACCUUGGUUGUUCCAGAUGGGAUCCAGGUCUCGAGGGCAGACUCUGGAGCUGCUAUUGGCCAGGAAGUCAUAUGUGCCUUGAAAUGUCCACUACUUGAGUACCCAGCGUCCGGUGGGCCUGGGGUGCUGGGGGCCAACGAGGAAACUCAACUUUCCGGUGCCUGCCCCCCUCCCCGGCCCACGCACCAUCGGUGGGUGUUCGCGACGAGAUGCUCCAUUCGCUGUUGGGUCCUUGCCAAUUGUUCUUGCUUCUCGUAAGUUAUUUAUCAAGAGAAAUCACUAAUGGACUCUACUGGUUCGAGUGCUUCUGAACUGGAUGACCGAUCGCCGGUGUGUUUGUGUAAUUAAUGGCCAUAAUAAACUUUGAUGAGUUACAA